UCCGACGAACGAGUAGCACGAACCCCCCCCCCUUCACUGCCUUCGCGCGACGACAACGAAAGCAUGUCCACCGAGACAUAACGAUCGUCAGUGCGAGUUGCUGGUGGCGAAUGAACCCGAAGCGAAGGAUCAGGAGACCCACAUGCCGGUCCUGCGCCGGCAUCAGAAGGCAAGCCGCCGACGUCGUUGAUGAUGUCGUCAAGACGAAGACGCCGCACGACGUUGACAUUGGUAGAUGGUACAGCCCGGUCUCUGAAUCGGCGUCCGGGCAUACCAACAACACAGUGUGCACGAUGCCCAUGUUGCGAUGGUGUGACGACAAUGUCUGGAGACUGGCUCUCGCAGCAGUUUUCGGGAGCAUCGGGCGCAGGGGAAAAUCAGCGUCUGGCUCCGCCCCAGAAAAACGGUCAUACGGCAGGUCUAAGCUCUACCACGACAGACCAUGGGCUCUUGAUUGGGUCGGUGGCCUUCAUACGCCGGGUUGCGGAGCCGUUGUCUUCUUGAGCGAUGACAACGGCCUGAGUUGGUACUGCUGCGGAGGGGUGGAGAAAUCGGAAGUGGGGAGGUAUACCCACGAUGGCAGGAAGUUCAUGACCUUUUUCCUUACGUCUGUCUAUGACAAAGAGGGGAAAAACUGGGUCAAGGAAGACAAGAAGGUGUCUCUUAACCAUCGACUCUUCCAAGGAUACGGGGUCAAGGCUUUGUCAAUGAAAGCGUUUGACGUGCGCGGGAACGGAACGGAGUUCCAAAUGCUGGAUUCGGAAAAGUUUCUUUCCAAAACCAAUGGCUACCGCUCGGCUGCGGGGCCCAAACGGCGCCAGGAUCAGCCGGCCAGAGCGGGUGGAAAGAGGAAGCAAUUGGCGACUGCCCCGUCUUCGUCGGCUGCGGUUGUUCAGGCUCUUCCCGCUCCGGUUCCGCCCUCGGAUCGGCAAGGUCGCGAUGCGGCCGAGCAGUCCAGCGAGGCCACAGAAUACGACGACGGAGCUGUGUGCUAUCGGGCUGGUCCCCAGCAUCGUUCCCGGGAAGGUGUAGAUGCCUUCGAUGACGAGGAAUGUGACGGCCAAGAUGGGGAGGGCGGUGGUUGGGAUGGGGAGGGCGGUGGUGAGGAGGGGGAGGGCGGUGGUGAGGAGGAGGAAGGCGGUGGUGAGGGGGACGACGGUAAUGAAGGAGAUGGUGAAGGUGAGGACGAUGGCAUGGACGAGGAGAGAGACGAUGAUGGUGAGGAAGUCGAAGACAAUCGCUCAUCCCAAUUUCACCGUCGCCACCAAAACGAAUCGCGGGGGCGCAGUGAGGACAACGCCUGCCGCGUCGGUGACGAGGUCGAUGCUGGUGGCCAGCCUGCAGCCUCCCGCGGAAUGUCGCAGUCCUAUGACCAGACGAAGGAUGAGAGAGACGAACCUGGCUCACGGGGAAAGCGAAAGAGGGGAGAGGCGUCGACCUCCCCUGCGAGUCAAACAAAACAGGCGAGAGCCGACGUCGUCAACGAAGCUCGCGGAGCGUUGACGGCAUCACAGGAAGCGAGGGCUCCUCGGAAAAUUGGUGGGGGGGGGCGAAGUGGCAGUCGUGGGGGCGGUCGCGGCGGCGUUAGGAAAGGCUCUGUCAUAGAAAGUUCCAUCAGUACUGACCCGGGGGUGUGGGAUAGACCUGAGCUCGUUCUUGCACCGGUUGACCCCACCGUCAUCAUCGGCGGGAAGGGAAGGCGAAUCACGCCAGACGAGUUCUUCCAAAGAGGUUCUGCAGAGUUCGAAUGGUACGCUGUCUGCGGUCAGCAUACUGCCGAGGCCAUGAAACGGUUGGUUGCAAAGGACUCCUCCGCGGUCAAUAUCUACGGCCUCCGCACGUACUCUAAAGUGCGAGUCGUCUUUUUCGAUGAUGACCACACACGGGGGUACUUCAAUGUCUCCCUCUUCGACAACACACGAGAGAAUCGCGCCAUGAUGUUAUCCUUCCAGAACGUUGUGCGUGAUAUGCGGCAAUGGUGGAUCGACAACAACAAGAUCGAGACACCCAAAGCUAAGGUCAUCGAGAAGGAUGCCAUCACCGUUGCACAUCAGAAAACGUGGCAGAACUUCCUGAGGGCCUGCAUGGGGAAGGCGUGCGACAAGGCGUUCGUGAAACAGGCACUCGACAACGAAUACAACAAGGAUUGGAGUGACAAACUUCGGGGGUACCUGAACCUCGCCACAUCCACCCGCACGGUUUGGCCGCUGGUGGAGAAGUUCUUCGCGAUGUUCGAGGAGGGUAAGCUGCCAAUUGGCGACGGCAAGAUCCCACUUGAGAUGCCGGGGAGGAUGGAGGGGCGCCUGCCCGACCCGUACACUGACGAGAACAAGGGACAACGGACUUUGUACAACUGCAUAUAUGCGAGAGAUGGUCCCAAGGGCUCCACCGUGUCCUGGAAGGAUUUGUGUCCUACGUACUUCAAGAACUUCGGGGACAUGACAUGCCGCGAGAGAGAAGUCGCGCUACUCCUGCUCAUGUCGGGGAAAGUGGUGGCAACAAAAAAGAGAGUCACGCCUCCGAGGGUAAACACAGAGUGCCUCCUCGACAUUAUGCGCAAGGAGAGAUAUAUGGUCCGCAUGUUCAACUACGUCGUGUUUCGCGCCAACGGAAGGGCAGGGGACGAAUGGAACGACGACUUUUUCAUGUUGUACAAGGACCUAGAAGAGAGGUAUGCUUCAAACGGGUUAUGCGCAGAUGAAUGGGAGAAGCAACAGGAGAAGCUGCAUAGCAACUUAGUGAAGAUGAUCCCUCGGCGACUUGGAGGAGUGGAGGAGGCGAGGCAAGGUGCGGGCUUCGGGCCUACAAAAGUGAGGUACAAGGAGGCUCCGUUUCACUUCAAGCUCUUAAUAUACACCGCGAUCGAUAAGCUCGAUAUGCUUCGAGCGGAGGUGAAACGGAUCGCCUCCAGUGCACGCCAUCUUGUGUGGGACAAACUCAGCAGACAGACUGCAUUGCUUCCUGUAUGCAUGGGGUCAAAGGAGGUUAUGGCGGCGCCCGUCGACAUCGUUGCAGCCGCACAAAAAAUGGCAUGCAGGGCCGCCAUCGUGGACAUCUCGGCCAUGAAUUUCAGCAGCGCGUGGACCUCGCAGGACUUCGAUGCACUGUACGCAAUGAUGGCGAAGUGUUGUGGUCCAAAUUGGGUCCUCUUCUUCUUUGCACCGCAUAAUGUGCAAAGUGAUGUCUUGCGUCAAUUGUACCGUUUGGAGGACAUCGAGCUCAUCCCCGGGUCAUGGAAACGCAUGGACAGGCCGCCGAGCGACGUCGCAAGUUCAUUCGUAGGAGAGGUGGAAGGUGUGCUUUUGCUGGGUAGGGCGCACGCGGGUCUUGUAUGGAAGUUUUUGCUUGCAGGUAAUAAUGUCAUUGGCUGUAACGAGUUGGCCAAGGACAUUGCAUACUUGAUAAAGUUCGUCGACAUACUUGUUAAGGAUGGGAGAUUUGAGUGCCACAUCGAGAAGCCGCAUGCCACACAUCGCACUAACAGGGAUAUGUACCACAAGUUGGGACCGAAGAGACUGAAGGUGUGGGAAUACCUGUUCCGCGAUGCGCCGGAUGGACGCCUUGAUGGGGGAUACAUAUAUUGGAAAGCCAAGGUGACCGAGACCCUCAAACAUUAUCACGGUGCUCUAACUGGCGCCUUCGAGACAUUCGUUGCUCGAUGCGAGCUCUUGAGGUUUGAUCUUCACAAAGAUAAACUAACGUUUAAGGACUAUGCUGACCUUGCUAAAUCGGGUGAAGGCUUUAACCCCGUUGACAGAGAGGAAGACUCGUCGGACUUCAACCUCGAGAUUGAAAAGGACACCAAUGCAACCGGGUGGUGUGGGAAGUCCGCUGCCAUGGAGCACAGCUUCAAGGGAUAUGGACCGGGUCAAUCAGAGGGAUGCUCGAACCUGCCACCCGCGAAUAGUGUGGCCUCGGGUGUGAACCGGGUUGUAUGUACGCCUGUGGAAGACAACGAAGACGAUGACCUUGAUAUUCCUGCUCAGCCAACGAAGUUCGCGCCAGACGAUCCGAUUCCUCUCAGAUUUUGUGCGGAUCCAAAUAAUGUGUAUUUCUUGGAUGACAAAUACGCCUGCACUAGUGAGGACAAGUGGGGCCAUGAUAUCAUUUGGCAUGACGACAUUUCGAGCCAUGUUGAGCGCGCCGCUGCGCUCGAGAGCAUGGACGUGGACUCCCGAGAAGAUGUCGCCCCUGUGCCCGAGACGGCCACAGGGAACACGAUGGGUGAACAAAGGGAAGAUGGUGGGACGAUGUUGGGCGUGAAGCCUCCGUUGCCAGAUGCGGGGAACACGCCCUCAGGCAAAAACACCAUCGGAGCCAUCUCUGUCGCAACGGGGGAUACAUCACAAGGUGAAAAAGUGUCACUCGACAAGCCGGUGGAUGCGGGCGCCACAUACGGGAGUCUCCUCGCGACAGGUGCGGCGCUGGCAGGCACAUCGGAGAUGGUGUCAGAGUCCACUGCUGGGAUGGGCGUCACGGGGAUGUCGUUGCAUCCGCCCACAUGCACUAGCAAAGGUGAUGCACACUGUACAACAACACCACAGGGAGGGGUCACAGGGGAUGACGGGAAUGGGGGAAAUGCAUGGGGGUCUCCACGUUCUCGCAAUAUGGAGGACAUGACGACGAACGAUGAGGAUGGGGUAGAAGGCGGAAAGGGCGUGAGCGAUUCCACGCAUUGUCGGAAGAUGUUGCGACGCAGCAGCGGAAAUUGACUCGCCGCGGUCAACUUCCGCGCUGCGUCAGAAAUUGUGUACCGUAGUCAUGGACCCUAGUACUUCGGUUAGACUUCC